GAAUGGAAUAGUCAGAAUAAUUACCAAAGUUCAAAGAUCAGAGGUAACACGCACUGACCUUAUAGUACUGCAUAGUCCGGCAAGUGAUCAGUCCUACAACGGAUUUUAGGCUCAACGUACAGAACGUUCUGCAAGUUUAACUUGUGUUCGUCACAACACAACCAUGGCAAACGCCAACAACGAGACACCGUGCUGUAUCGGGGACAGACUGGAGUACGGUUCCAUGGGCAGGGCAGUGAAGGUGGGCGGGGUCGACAUGUACGUAGCCACGCCCAAAACUCCCACCAAGAAGGGAGUGGUGGUUUAUAUAGACAUCUUCGGCUGGGAGAUGCCCAACACUCGCUACAUGGUGGACAUGAUAGCUAACAAUGGAUAUGUGGCAAUUCUGCCAGAUGCAUUUGAAGGUGCAGAACCUUGGAGCGCUGACAAAGACCGGAGCACCUUCGAUGAAUGGAGAAAGACAAAGGACCCAAACAAAAUUCAUCCUGUAACUGACGCAGCAGUAGGUUACCUCCAGCAGGAGUUUGGUGUAGAACAGCUGGGGUGUGUGGGGUUCUGCUGGGGAGGGCGAGCUGUACACGCUUGCCUGGUGGACCGGACGGACUUCAAGUGUGGCGUGGCCUGUUACGGCAUUGGUAAUAAGGAGGAUGAGAAACUUGGACUACUGAAUGCACCGGGGCUCUUCAUCUUUGGAGAUAACGACCCUGUAAUUCCUUUGGAUCAGGUGAAAACCCUUAAGACAGAGCUGAAGAAGUCCUGCAAGGUGGAUAACCACGUGUCGGUGUAUGAAGGGAUGGGGCACGGUUUUGUACAUCGUAAGAAGGAAGAGAAUGACAAAGACGCAGCUGCUAUUGACGGAGCACGUCUGGAGAUGCUUAAGUGGCUGGAGAAGUACAUGUAACAAGGAUCAAGUCAAAGGAGGCUGCCAUCCGAGUAUUUUAACACACAAUGUGUCAACAAUGCUUCAUAUAUUAUGCCUUUAUCAGGUGGUCAUUUAGCUGUGAAUAAAUUUUGCUUAAUUUGCUUAUCAUACUAGAAGUUUAUUUGCAAGUUCAUGCCCGAAGGCUAAAUUAUAGCAUACAAUGUGUACAACGUACAUAAAGAGAAACAAUUGACUAUUCUAUUCAAAAUACAAUCUAAACUUUUUGAGUUUGACUCCUUGAGGUUAACAGGGUUGUAGUUUAAUUUCUUAAAUGACAUUUGCUCAUAUGGGUUGAAGGUAAGUCCUUCACAAUCAAACAGGACUGCCAGUGUCUUCAUUCACAGGAGAUGUGACUUCAUAGCUUCUGGGUCAAUAACUUGACGUUGAUACAAGAGUAACAAUGUGCUUUGGUAUCAAUUGAGAUCCCAGAGUAUUUCGAUAAUACUAUGAAAGUUGAAUAGAUUGGUUAAGGUAUGAUGUUGAAAAUCAUUAGCUUAUAGGGUACAAAAGUUUAUUGUGAGGUAAUGAAGGAUGUAUAGAUUUAUACCUAUCUCUUAAGAAAACAUUUAUAUUUUGUAAUAACUAGAGAUGAAAUCAAUCACCCAUGAUUAUCUGUAAUAAAUAUCAACCUCAUUGUCCCCUCACCCCUCUCUCUUCAUUCAUAUUCACAGAUGCACUGUAUUUGUAGAUAGAUGAUCGAACUGCAAAU